ACCACUUCUCUUAUCUCAAGAUUCUCAACUUAAUUCUCUUUCUCUUCCAAAUUACCACCACUAUUGACUCUGCUUUGCUAGCUCUUUCUAAUUUCCCCAUUUGGUCCACCCUCCUUGCUUUCUCUCCACACUGCAUUGGUUGAAUCUGGUAAAAAAUCCCAGACCAUGUAAACUUAGGUGGUUACUUUGAUAGCCAGUUCAAGUUAUGGCAAUCUCUUGCCCCCUGCUUGCUGUAAACUGUUAGCAAUUUUUCAGUGGAGGGAGGCUAUCUCUAUUUUACUCAAGGAAAUCGGUAAUACCGAUCAGACAUCAGAGACAGAAGCAUGGAAGAGACAUUUGUGCCUUUGCGGGGAAUCAAGAAUGAUCUCAGAGGAAGAUUGAAGUGCUACAAGGAAGACUGGACUGGGGGCUUUAAAGCUGGAUUCAGGAUUUUGGCUCCUACAACCUACAUAUUUUUUGCUUCUGCAAUCCCAGUCAUUUCAUUUGGUGAACAAUUGGAUCGAAGUACUGAUGGAGUUUUGACAGCAGUGCAAACCUUAGUAUCGACGGCAGUUUGUGGGAUCAUACAUUCCAUCGUCGGAGGUCAACCCUUGCUGAUAUUGGGUGUGGCCGAGCCUACUGUAAUCAUGUACACCUUCAUGUUCAAUUUUGCCAAAGAACGUAAGGACUUGGGUCCAAAGCUCUUUCUAGCAUGGUCCGCAUGGGUAUGUGUAUGGACAGCUGGUUUACUGUUCUUAUUGGCAAUAUUAGGCGCUUGUUCCAUAAUAAAUAGGUUUACAAGAGUGGCUGGGGAGUUGUUUGGUCUACUUAUUGCUAUGCUCUUCAUGCAGCAAGCCAUUAAAGGACUUGUGGAUGAGUUUCGCUUACCAGAAAGAGAAGACACUAGUUUACUACAAUUUAUACCUUCAUGGAGGUUUGCAAAUGGAAUGUUUGCUUUGGUGUUGUCAUUUGGCCUUCUUCUCACAGCAUUAAAAAGCAGGAAAGCAAGGUCAUGGCGCUAUGGCACUGGUUGGCUAAGAAGCUUUGUAGCAGACUAUGGUGUGCCACUUAUGGUUCUGGUGUGGACUGGUGUGUCUUACAUUCCAACUAGUAGUGUUCCACACGGCAUCCCAAGGCGCCUUUUUAGCCCAAAUCCAUGGUCACCUGGUGCAUAUGAAAAUUGGACUGUCAUUAAGGACAUGCUCAAUGUUCCAGUCCUCUAUAUCAUUGGAGCUUUCAUUCCAGCAACGAUGAUCGCGGUGCUUUACUAUUUUGAUCACAGUGUAGCAUCCCAACUAUCUCAGCAGAAAGAGUUCAACUUAAGAAAGCCAUCCUCUUACCAUUAUGACUUGCUUCUUUUGGGGUUUCUGACUUUAAUGUGUGGUCUGCUUGGAAUUCCUCCAUCAAAUGGAGUCAUCCCACAGUCUCCAAUGCAUACAAAAAGUUUAGCUACUCUUAAACACCAGUUGCUUCGUAAUCGUCUUGUAGCAACAGCACGCACAAGUAUGAGAAAUAAUGCUAGCUUGGGACAACUGUAUGGAAAUAUGCAAGAUGCCUAUCAACAAAUGCAGACUCCUUUGGUUUACCAGGAGGCCUCAUCUCGAGGACUGAAUGAAUUAAAAGAAUCAACCAUCCAGGCAGCUUCGAGUAUGGGAAAUUAUAUUGAUGCACCAGUUGAUCAGACAGUAUUUGAUAUUGAGAAAGAGAUUGAUGAUCUAUUGCCGGUUGAGGUGAAGGAGCAGCGUCUCAGUAACCUGCUUCAAGCGGUAUUGGUGGGGGGAUGUGUUGCAGCCAUGCCUAUCCUCAAAAGAAUCCCAACUUCAGUCCUUUGGGGAUACUUUGCCUUCAUGGCCAUUGAAAGCUUACCCGGUAACCAAUUUUGGGAAAGGAUUUUAUUGCUCUUUACAGCUCCAAGUAGAAGAUUCAAAGUCCUCGAGGAUAAUCACGCCACUUUUGUAGAAACUGUGCCUUUCAAGUCAAUCGCGAUGUUCACAGUUUUCCAAACGAUGUACCUGCUUGCAUGUUUUGGGCUUACUUGGGUUCCAAUUGCUGGGGUUAUGUUUCCAAUGAUGAUCAUGCUCUUGGUUCCUGUGAGGCAAUACAUACUCCCCAAGUUUUUCAAAGGAGCACACCUUCAGGAUUUGGAUGCAGCAGAGUACGAAGAGGCUCCGGCUUUAACAUAUAACCUUGCAACGGAGACAGAGUUGGGAGCUGGAGCUUCCUGCGCAGGGGAUGCAGAAAUAUUAGACGAAGUUAUGACCAGAAGCCGAGGUGAGUUUAGGCAUGUCAGCAGUCCAAAGAUCACAAGCUCUACUUCAACACCAGCAAAUGCCCCUGAAAUCCUUGGGAGUCCACACAAGACCUUCAGUCCUCGCGUAAGUGAGCUAAGAGGAGAGCGAAGUCCUCUUUCUGGCGGAAGAGGGUCGCACAGUCCGGGGACCCCUGGCUCUUCUUCUAUUCUUGGGAAGAGUCCUAGUAACUGCUAAGGACGGAGCAUCAUGUUAGCUGUAUAUUUUUCUUCGCCUUCAGUUAAGAACAUGUAGAGGGCUUUCACCGUUUUUAGUUCCACUGGUUCGCUUUGUUUUGUUUUGUUUUGUUUUGUUUUGCAUUGCUUUGCUUCUUUGUAAAAAUUACAUUUUCUUUCUUUUGUCUUCUAAAAGUGUUCCUUUGUAAUCAUAGCACAUUAGCGUUGUGUUUAUUUCUGGUAAACAUUAUUUAUACAAGUGAAGGUAUUCAAUCCCAUCACGAUCGACUCCAUGUACGUACUCAUUGUAUCCUACUUGUACUAUUACUUUAGUCUAA